AUGGCUGAGAGCGGCGUUGCUAUGCUUUCGUUGACCAGCUCCGAUCAGAUGUCAUUUAAAGUGAAGCGCGAGGUGGCGGAAACUUUCGCUCCGGUCAGCACACUGCUCCAGGACCUAUCCGCUGACUACGACGCGCCAAUUCCGGUCAUGGGCGUGACGGGCGAGAUUUUGAAGAUCGUGAUCGGCUAUACCGAGCAGCACAUCGAAGCGGGUCCACGCCAGGGCAAGACGUUGCCAUGGGAGACCACCUUCGUCUCCGAUAACAAAGACAAAAUUUACGAGCUUCUAUUGGCUGCAAACUAUCUGGAUGUCAAGCCCCUGCUUGAUCUGCUUUGUGAGGCGGUCGCUGCUCAGAUUCGUGGCAAAAACUCUAAGCAAAUUCGAGAACACUUCGGACUGCCUGAGAACGAGGAA